AUGAAGAUGUUGACAAGACUCCAAGUCCUUACCUUAGCUUUGUUUUCAAAGGGACUUUUACUUUCUUUAGGGGACCAUAACUUUCUGAGGAGGGAGAUUAAAAUAGAAGGUGACCUCGUUUUAGGGGGCCUAUUUCCUAUUAAUGAAAAAGGCACUGGAACUGAAGAAUGUGGGCGAAUCAACGAAGAUCGAGGGAUCCAACGCCUGGAAGCCAUGUUGUUUGCUAUCGAUGAAAUUAACAAAGACAAUUACUUGCUCCCAGGAGUGAAGCUGGGGGUUCACAUUUUGGAUACAUGCUCGAGGGAUACCUACGCAUUAGAGCAAUCACUGGAAUUUGUCAGGGCUUCUUUGACUAAAGUGGAUGAAGCUGAGUAUAUGUGUCCUGAUGGAUCCUAUGCCAUUCAGGAAAAUAUCCCACUGUUCAUUGCAGGGGUCAUUGGCGGCUCUUACAGCAGUGUUUCCAUACAGGUGGCCAACCUACUGAGGCUGUUCCAGAUCCCGCAGAUAAGCUACGCGUCCACCAGCGCCAAGCUCAGCGACAAGUCACGCUAUGAUUAUUUUGCCAGGACCGUGCCCCCCGACUUCUACCAGGCCAAAGCCAUGGCCGAGAUCUUGCGUUUCUUCAACUGGACCUACGUGUCCACUGUGGCCUCCGAGGGCGACUACGGGGAGACAGGGAUCGAGGCCUUCGAGCAGGAAGCCCGCCUGCGCAACAUCUGCAUCGCCACGGCGGAGAAGGUGGGUCGCUCCAACAUCCGCAAGUCCUACGACAGCGUGAUCCGCGAGCUGCUGCAGAAACCCAACGCGCGCGUCGUGGUCCUCUUCAUGCGCAGCGACGACUCGCGCGAGCUCAUCGCCGCCGCCAGCCGCGCCAACGCCUCCUUCACCUGGGUGGCGAGCGACGGCUGGGGCGCGCAGGAGAGCAUCGUCAAGGGCAGCGAGCACGUGGCCGACGGCGCCAUCACGCUGGAGCUAGCCUCCCAGCGCAUCCGCCCGUUCGACCGCUACUUCCAGAGCCUCAGCCCCUACAGCAACCACCGCAACCCCUGGUUCCGGGACUUCUGGGAGCAGAAGUUCCAGUGUAGCCUCCAGAACAAGCACAACCACCGGCGCCCUUGCGACAAGCACCUGGCCAUCGACAGCAGCAACUACGAGCAAGAAUCCAAGAUCAUGUUCGUGGUGAACGCGGUGUACGCCAUGGCCCACGCGCUGCACAAAAUGCAGCGCACCCUCUGUCCCAACACCACCAAGCUCUGCGACGCCAUGAGGAUCCUGGACGGGAAGAAGUUGUACAAAGAUUACUUGCUGAAAAUCAACUUCACAGCUCCAUUCAACCCAAAUAAAGGUGCAGAUAGCAUUGUCAAGUUUGACACUUUUGGAGACGGAAUGGGACGUUACAACGUGUUCAACUUCCAGUACGUGGGCGACAAGUAUUCCUACUUGAAGGUUGGUCAUUGGGCAGAAACCUUAUCAGUAGAUGUCGACUCUAUCCACUGGUCCCGGAACUCAAUCCCCACUUCCCAGUGCAGCGACCCCUGUGCACCCAAUGAAAUGAAGAAUAUGCAACCAGGGGAUGUCUGCUGCUGGAUCUGCAUCCCCUGCGAGCCCUAUGAAUACCUGGCUGACGAGUUCACCUGUAUGGAUUGCGGCCUUGGGCAGUGGCCCACUGCAGACCUAUCUGGCUGCUUUGACCUUCCUGAGGACUACAUCAAGUGGCAAGAUGCCUGGGCCAUUGGUCCAGUCACCAUUGCCUGCCUGGGUUUUAUGUGUACAUGCAUGGUUGUGACUGUCUUUAUCAAGCACAACAACACACCCUUGGUCAAAGCAUCAGGCCGGGAGCUCUGCUACAUCUUGUUGUUUGGGGUUGGCCUGUCCUAUUGCAUGACAUUCUUCUUCAUUUCCAAGCCGUCACCAGUCAUCUGUGCAUUGCGCCGACUAGGGCUGGGGACCUCCUUCGCUGUCUGUUACUCAGCCCUGCUGACCAAGACAAACUGCAUUGCCCGUGUCUUCGAUGGGGUAAAGAAUGGCGUUCAGAGGCCAAAAUUCAUCAGCCCAAGUUCUCAGGUUUUCAUCUGCCUGGGUCUGAUACUGGUGCAAAUUGUGGUAGUGUCUGUGUGGCUCAUCCUGGAGGUUCCAGGUACCAGGCGGUACACCCUUCCAGAGAAGCGGGAAACAGUCAUCUUAAAAUGCAAUGUCAAAGAUUCCAGCAUGUUGAUCUCACUUACCUACGAUGUGGUCCUGGUCAUCUUAUGCACUGUGUAUGCCUUCAAAACGCGGAAGUGCCCAGAAAAUUUCAACGAAGCCAAGUUCAUUGGUUUUACCAUGUAUACCACAUGCAUCAUCUGGCUGGCCUUCCUCCCUAUAUUUUAUGUGACUUCAAGUGACUACAGAGUGCAGACAACGACCAUGUGCAUCUCGGUUAGCCUGAGCGGAUUCGUGGUCCUGGGCUGUUUGUUUGCACCCAAGGUGCACAUCAUCCUGUUUCAACCCCAGAAGAAUGUGGUCACACACAGACUGCACCUGAACAGGUUCAGUGUCAGUGGAACUGGGACCACGUAUUCUCAGUGUCAAAAAAUAAGAGAAGUUACUUCUCAAGGAUAUGCAAUGAUUAAAGAGUUGACACUGGAUUUCCCGACUUGUGAUUAG